AUGAUUGCUAAUCCAAAUAAUAAUGCCCAAGUUCCAAAAAUUGUCAUAAGAAGUGGGAAGACCCUUGAUAAACCCUCUAAAAGAGAAUUAAUUCAGAAAAUGCCCAAAGUGAAGGAAAAAGAGGUGUUACCUCAAAGUCUAGAAAGAAAUGAUGAGAAGAAAGCUGAUGAAAGUGACAAAGAAGUGGUUGGGAUUAAAAAGGCACACAAUGAAGAAAGGCUCACAAUCCAAGUUCGUCCCCUAUUCCCUCAACAAUUUUAUAAAAAAAGUGACAAAUUGAGGAAGUUCAUGGCAAAGCUUAGUAACCUAUCGAUAAAUAUCUCAUUUCUUGAGACAAUCCAAGAGAUCCUGGGAUACGCUAAGUUGAUGAAACAGUUGAUGUCUAGAAUGAAAAUUAUUGAAGGUGAGACCAUUGAGUUCACUCAUGGGUGUAGCAUUAUCAUGGAUAAUAAGGUUGUAGAAAAGAAAAAUGACCCUGGAGCGUUCACCAUUCCUUGUACAAUUGGGACACAUGAGUCUACAAAAGCUCAAUAUGACCUCGGUGCGAGCAUCAACUUAGUGCCUUUUAUCAAUUACAAGAAGCUCAGAUUGGAUUCCCCUACACCACGUCGAUGUGAUUUUUAA